AAAAGUAAUAAUAUAUCGACCGUCAAAAAUAUAUAAAAAUGUAGAUAAUGGUAGACAGCCUUUUGCCACUAUUAACCAUGCUUGCGCCAUGGUGCCAUGAUGUAUACAAUACUAUAGGUGUAUCAUGUAUGUUAAAAAUUUGGUAAUCACCAGUGACACAUUACGAUGGUGAAAUCCAGCACUACAAAUCGGUUCGGAUUAAAUUCAUUAAGCAGUUUGAUAAUUGUGAUAUUUUAGCACUAAGUUGAUUUUUGGUAACUGCAAGUGACACACCACAAUGGUAAAAUACUAAAAUCCAACUAAACAAAUUGGCCGUUCGAAUUAAAUAACAGUGUCAGUUUAACUUCAAUUUAUAAAUAUUUUCUUUUUAAUUUGUGGAGUAUAUAUUAUAUGAAUACAUCAUAAUCUUACAAAUUUAGAAUUUAAUAUGCUUUUAAACUCCACAUUUCCGAUGAUUACACAAAUCGAAUUGCACUUUGUCCAAGAAUCUUAUCUCGUCUGUCAUCUCUUUUAGAUCUUAUCUUUCUCCUACAUUUAAUCAAGCCAUGGGACCCACUCUAUUUUCAGUUUUUCACAGCUUCAAGAAAAAUGCAUCUCCUCUUUUAUCAAAAACCAAAGUAUUUAUGUCUAUGCGUUUAGUUAUUUGUUUAAUAUUUAGAUAAUAAAAAUUAACAAAACUAUAUGAAUCACCCGAUUUGUGGGUAUGAACUUUCAACUCAAAAUCAGUUAGUUGACAAUGCAUAGAAUAGUCCUAUAUCAUUAAUAUAUUAGAUUAUGUUAUUUCUUACUUUGGAAAUAAGUAGGACCAAUUGAAGAUAUUUGCAUAUAUAUAUAUGUUUUGUUCGCAUCUGACUUGUAUUAAUAACAUUAUUUGUUUGACUUUUAAUGAAAAUGGUACCAAAAUGUUUAUAAAUUGGAUUUGAAAAUAAGAUUAAAAAUGAACAAUAACCUAAUUAAAGUGAGUCUACCACUAAUUAAGCAUACCUGUCUAUAAACGGAGAUGCGUGUACAGCAUUUACGGUCUCCUGUGUGUAUUAUGGGCAAACUCACACACAUAUAGAUUAAUAUUAUCUUUAGUUGCGCAAUAGCUGAGUGCCAAUGUGCCAUGCCGAUAAAAAUUAAAAAGACAAAAUAAUAAACCAAGUGAAGCAAUUAUUAAAGGGUGAGUCCAUUGGGAAAGGGCAAGAUGCAUGUUCGUACGAUUUCGUAUGUCAAAGUACAGCAUGGCCGUAGUUGACUUGAUAAAAAACGACACAAAUUUUUGUAUUAGUUUCUGAUUUUAAGUAGGUGUCAUAUGAUAUGAUAAUGUUUUAUGUACGAUUUAAAUUGUCUCUCACCAGGCAAAAAUAGUUAAGUACUUUGUAUAUAGUUACUAACAGUCGUCCUGGUAACGUCCUGGUAAACCAAUCCCUCAAAUUACGAUAAUUGAUCAUAUAUAUCAUCGAUCAUCACAAAGUAAAAAACUUAUUAUAAUCAGGUUAACAUAUAUUUAAUGUACAAGAUAUAUAUCUUAACGUACGUUCGACAUAUUAAUCUGAUAUAUUUCUUGGUAGUAUAAGUACAUAAUGGAACAAUGUUCAGGAUAAGUAACUAAUGUAGAUCUUUAUCAAAAGAAAAAUGUAGAUAAUGUAUUAUUGAAAAAGACGACGACAUGGUCCAAACAUAUCAUUAACCGUACUUAUUCAUCCAUGUAAUAUAUACACAAAAAUAUAUAGUGGACCUAUGUUUGUGACUUUGUGUAUAUAUAUACACGUACGACACUAGUACCUCUUUACAUUUCAUCUCACACUAACCCCGCAGCUAAAACGUCUCUCUCUCUCUCUCAUCUCACUCUCUAACAACAUGAUGAAGAAGAGCAAGCUGAUCACAAAGGCAUGGAAGCACAUGUCUACCAGAGUAGCCAAGCACAAGGCCGCUGGGGAGGAACCUCAUAUACCCCAUGAUGUACCAAAAGGACACCUAGUGGUGUACGUAGGCAAAGAAGAGGAGAGUUACAAGAGAUUCGUGAUCAAGAUCACGCUGCUUCACGAUCCCAUCAUCAGAGCUUUGCUUGAUCAAUCAAAAGACGAAGUGUACGAUGAUUUCACUUCGGGAGAUUCCAAGCUUUGUAUCUCUUGCGAUGAAACUCUCUUCCUUGAGGUCCUCCAAAACGCUUCUCCCCGUAAUUCAUGGUCUUGAUGAUGAGUCUCUCAUUCAAUGUUCUACGGUUUAGUCUCUCUUUUUUUUGCUGAUGUGAGAUGGUCCUUCGAGAUAUUAUAUAGAAUUAAUGAACACUCUUGUAAUAUGAGCCAUUUUCAGUUAGUAGCUGAUAUAUUGAUAUAUUUUUCAUUUUU